CCCAACUCGAUCCACACACGUUCCACGAGGACAUGCUUGGACGGGCGAUUCUGGGCGGACGGCGGGUUGUCCAAGGCGGUCUGAGGCAUGGCAUGACAGGAAGCACGACGAGGCGUGUCACACGAGGCAUGUCGAGCUCGUUGGGUGCGGUGGGCGCGGUGGGGAGCGUAGGCGAAGCCGUGAGCAAGGUGGCCGACGCCACGGGAUCGACAGCGCUGGCAGCAGCGGCGACGGCGACGACGACGGCGAUGACAGAUGGCGUAGAGGGCGUGGAGGGGAGUAUGCUUCGGGACUCGUUUGGAAGGGAUCAUACGUAUCUGAGGAUCUCUCUGACGGAGAAAUGUAAUCUGAGGUGCACGUACUGCAUGCCCGAGGAGGGCGUGGAGCUGAGCCCGGCUGCCACCAUGCUCACCGACGACGAGAUCGUGGCUCUGGCAAGCUUGUUUGCAAAGGAGGGCGUGGAAAAGAUUCGUUUGACCGGCGGCGAGCCGCUGGUGCGGAGGUCGGCAGUGGAGGUGGUGGAGAGGCUGGCAGCCAUUGAGGGCAUCAGUUCUGUGGGCAUGACGACCAACGGACUGCUCCUCCGGCGCAAGCUGGAUCCGCUACUCGAAGCCGGGCUUACGGCGCUCAACAUCUCGCUCGACACGCUCGAUCCGCACAAGUUCACGCUCAUGACGCGCAGACUCGGGUUCGAGCGGGUGAUGGAGGGCAUCGAGCGGGCAGCGGACUCGGCGCUGCCGACGAUGGUCAAGAUCAACUGUGUGCUCAUGCGCGGGGUCAACGACGACGAGGUGCUGGACUUUGUGGAGCUCACCCGCGAGCUGCCUGUCGACGUGCGAUUUAUCGAGUACAUGCCGUUUGACGGCAACCGGUGGAACGACACCAAGAUGGUGCCGUACGCCGAGCUGUUGGAGACGAUCCGCGGCGCGCAUCCCAGCCUUGUGCGCGAGGCGGACGCACCGAACGACACGUCAAAGGCGUGGCGGGUACCGGGCUAUGCUGGGCGGAUCGGAUGCAUCUCGUCGAUGACCGAGCACUUUUGCGGGAGCUGCAACCGGCUCCGGCUGCUGGCCGACGGCUCGCUCAAGGUCUGCCUCUUUGGCAACACCGAGAUUUCUCUGCGCGACGCGCUUCGCGCCGGCGCAACCGACGACGACUUGCGGGCGCUCAUUCAGGCUGCAGUGUGGCGCAAGAAGGCCCGGCACGCCGGCAUGCACAACAUUGCCAAGGGCCAGAACCGGCCGAUGAUCAAAAUCGGCGGAUGAGCGCUGUUGUCAGCUCGAGUCUGAGUUGUCGUCCGUACUCGAGUCUGACGAGUCUGACGACGAGUCCGACGAGUCCGAGUCUGACAAAUCAGCCGAGGCGGUGGCGUGGUCGUGGGCAUGGUUGUCGACCGAAGAUCCGUUGAGCGGGAUAGGGGCACCUGGCAGAGCCUGGUUGGUGUUGUGGCGGGCAGCGCGGUCCUCGUACUGGCGCUGGAUGUCCGGGCGGAGCUUGGCGCGCAUCUUGUCUAUCUUUUUGGCCGGGAGAGAGCCGAUGCCGUUAAAGGCCAGGUCCAUGA